GGCAUGAGGGACUGGAGGAUUGGAGAGAUAACAUUAAAGAAGUAGAGCACAGCUACAGACACAAAGCAACGCUAAACUGAGGAGCCUGUAAAGAUGCCUAACGCCACCAUCUAUGUGCCGGAGUUCGUUCUGCACUGCGCCAUUGAAGAGGACAAGAUGACUUUUACCAUCGUGGCUCUUGCCCUGAUCUACGUGGUGACUCUCUUUGGAAAUCUGCUGGUGAUUGUGGUCAUAAUAUUAAACCCUCAUCUCCAGAACCCCAUGUUCCUCUACAUUUUCACCCUAGCAGUGAUCGAUGUGGUGAACAGCACCAACCUCAUCCCUCAAAUGCUGGCCAUCCUGGUGUUUAAUGACACCAUUGUCCCUUACGGGCCCUGCUUGUUUCAGGUCUCGGUGGUGUACCAUCUUGGGUUAACGGAGGGAAUUCUUUUCCCUGUUAUGGCAUGUGAUCGCUAUUUAGCAGUUGUGUACCCCCUAAGAUAUCCUUCCAUUGUUACAAAUAAGACGACUGGACUCACCAUCUUACUAGUGAAUAUAUUAGCUGCUGCCAUUCUCGUCCCAUACAUGGUGUUUGCUAGAGAACUUUCUUUUUGUCGCACUAACGUCUUGCCCUACUGUUUCUGUGAUUUUGUUACAAUGAUUCAUAUUUCUUGUACAGAAGACCCAAGGCACCUUGCUCUCUUGUCCAGCACCACAAUCGUCACUGGUAUAGGCGGUAUGGGAAUCUGUCUCCUUUCCUACAUCAGAAUUGUGGUAGCCGCCCUGAAGAUCUCCUCAGUAGAGGGUAAGAAGAAAGCUUUGAGCACAACGGUCACACACCUUUUAGUUGUGAGUCUCUUCUACGUACCACUCAUGAUUUCUUAUAUAUUGCCAGGAUUAGGAGUGCAGGUAUCUGCUGAAGCUUACAACGUGUUGGUCAUCAUAGCCAUUAUGGUACCCCCUAUGAUGAAUCCUAUCAUCUACAGCUUCAGGAACAAGGAGAUCAAAAGCAGCAUUUACAGGCUGUGGACAGGGAAGAGAGUGAACCCCGACAGCUAUUAAUGAAAAGGUGGACAGUUCAAUGUUUUCAUUAUGUUUUGCCCACCAUGAGUGAGUGGGUUAAGAGUUUUUACUUUAGAAACACAGAAUGAAUAAGUAUACCUGAUUGAAAUGUUUGAAAAUUAAGGACACGAUGAGCUAUGAACAAUGCAAAUUAGCCGAGUUAACAAAAUUAUUCUGUUUAGAGAACUGGCCGGCAAUGGCAUUAGCCAACACACAAUUCCAUCGAGACACCAUAGCUGAGUGAUUAGAUUUGAUUUGAUUAUAUUAGGUAUACCUUAUUGAUCCCCAAGGGCUAAUUUAAUUUCAUGCCAGAGCAAAACAAAAACCAUCUUCGUCUU